AUGUUUGGUGCGGAACAGAACAGGAUAAACCAGAUGCAAUUUCCGCCGUUGGAUAGCGCCGUCAAAGUUUCCUCUUCUUCUUCUCAAGAUGGCUCCACCAGUUUCCGAUCCUGUAGUAAAAUAGAUAACGGUUCAUCGAGGGGUGAACCAUUGAUUUUUAUUGAAGUAGCUCUCAUGAAGAAUGUGGCUCAAACAAUACAGGAAGUUUUGUGGGAUGAUCCUCCAAUAGUCGAACAUGAGGCGACAUGUGCACUAUUUUAUUCCAUAUCUUCCACUCAGCCCGGUUUAUCUGGAAUCAACUUAGGGAAGUUUCUCAUCAAACGUGUGAUUGACUUGGUGCGAAGGGACAUGCCGAAAAUCUCAACAUUUGCUACGCUUAGUCCUAUAUCGGGUUACAUGCAAUGGCUUUUCUCAAAGCUGGCAUCAAUCGGGAGAUUCGAUUCCACUUUCAGUGAAAACUUGCUGAACGAAGAAGAAGCAAGGGCCCUUCUAGAAGCAGCCGAAGAAGUUACCACUGGGAAAACGGGGAUGGAAGUAAUGCGUGACUUAUUAUCCUCAGCCGAUCACCAAUGGACCAAAUCAGAUAAAUUGUCGAUAGCAUUAAAAAACCCUUUAAUGAGACUCUGUGCAAGGUAUCUUCUUCAAGAGAAGAAACGAGGAAAAGCUUUGGAUUCUGUUGGAAAUUUCCACUUACAAAAUGGGGCCAUGGUUGGAAGGAUUAAUUGGCUGGCGGAUCGAUCGGAGAAAGGCCUAAACCAAAGUGCUGGAAUUAUGGUCAACUACAUCUAUAAGGUGGAUCAUAUUGAAGAAAAUGCUCAAUCUUACUUUAGUAAAGGGAAAAUCCAAGCUUCCGAAGAAGUUAGAAUCUACCUUGACGCAAAGGAAAACCUUCACGACGAGACAGAGGAUUAGAAGGUGUCUCUUGCAGAUUUUGCAAUAACUCAGACCAUUAUGACUGUAAAGUGUACAUUUGAUGUAAUUUGGUUUUCGACUUUGCUAACCUUAAAUUGUAUAUUAAUAACUUGUGAUACAUGGGCUUGGUCCGAGUGGGCUAGGGUGUAGGUCAAUGGGCUGAGCCCACUGGUGUGGCGGGCUGACCCGGACCGGUGGCCCGUCUGCUGGAACUAGGCAUUCGUUGCUUAUGUACUAUAUUGGUUUCUUCAUUUUUUAUCUUCUUUCGUAUACUCAAUUGUUGUGGUUACUGGUUAGGGCAAUAUUAUAAUGUGUGAAAUGUAAUUUCUUUUAUAUUAUA